CCCAGCCAAGGCAGGAGAAAUUCUUGAACCCAGGAGGCAGAAGUUGCAGUGAGCCGAGGUCGCACCACUGCACUCCAGCCUGGGUGACAGAGUGAGACUCCAUUUCAAAAACCAAAAACAAAAAACAAAAACAAAAACAAAACCAGGCCGGGUGCAGUGGCUCACACCUGUAAUCCCAGCACUUUGGCAGGCCAAGGCGGGCACAUCACGAGGUCAGGAGAUCGAGACCAUCCUGGCUAACACGGUGAAACCCUGUCUCUACUAAAUAUACAAAAAAUUAGCCGGGCGUGGUGGCAUGCGCCUGUAGUCCCAGCUACUCGGGAAGGCUGAGGCAGGAGAAUUGCUUGAACCCAGGGGAGAUGGAGGUUGCGGUGAAUGGAGGUCGUGCCACUGCACUCCAGUCCGGGUGACAGAGCGAGACUCCAUCUCAAAAAAAAAAAAAAAAAAAGCAGAAGUCUAAAGUCUUUUUGUUUUUUGACAUGAAGUCUUGCUCUGUCGCCCAGGCUGGAGUACAGUGGCGUGACCUCGGCUCACCACAACCUCUGCCUUUGUUGCCCAGGCUGGAGUGCAGUGGUGCAAUCAUAGCUCACUGCAGCCUCCAACUCCUGGGCUCAAGCGAUCCUCCUGCCUUGGCCUCCCAAAGUGCUGGGAUUACAGGCAUGAGCCACCAUGCCUCACCUUUAAAUACAUUUUAAUGAAUUUUGUUGUAUCUUGAAAAGCAAAGUGGUUUUACCCUUGAGAUUCCAGGGCCCAUCCCAGAAUGCCCAGAGCUUCUAGACCUGGAAACAUGGCCAUGAGAUUGAAUAAUGGGUUGCCUCUUUUUAAGACCAUUCUCCAAACCGCCAUACUAAUCUACCUUCCAAAACAUGCAAGCAGCGCGCCGGCCUGGGAAAAGGAGCAAGAUGGCUGACUCCGAAGAGGGUGUUUUGCCGCUGACAGCUGCUUCCACUGCCCCAAUUUCAUUCGGCUUCACUCGCACGUCCGCACGGAGGCGGCUGGCCGACUCGGGAGACGGAGCGGGGCCAUCUCCGGAGGAGAAGGAUUUCUUGAAAACCGUGGAAGGGAGGGAACUGCAGAGUGUGAAGCCCCAGGAGGCCCCCAAGGAACUCGUCAUCCCUUUGAUCCAGAAUGGCCAUCGCAGGCAGCCACCAGCCCGGCCCCCUGGGCCAUCCACAGAUACUGGGGCCUUGGCGGAUGGGGUGCUGUCCCAGGCUGUGAAGGAGCUCAUUGAGGAAUCCAAGAAGUCUCUGGAAGAGAGAGAGAAUGUGGGUGUCGACCCUACGCUCGCUAUCCCCAUGAUCCAGAAAGGAUGCACCCCCAGCGGGGAAGGGGCAGACAGCGAACCCCGGGCAGAGACAGUGCCAGAGGAGGCUAAUUAUGAGGCGGUCCCCGUGGAGGCCUAUGGGCUGGCCAUGCUGCGGGGCAUGGGCUGGAAACCUGGCGAGGGCAUCGGCCGCACCUUCAAUCAAGUAGUGAAGCCCCGUGUCAACUCACUGAGGCCCAAGGGGUUAGGGCUGGGUGCCAACCUGACCGAUGCCCAGGCCUUGACCCCCACUGGCCCCUCCCGCAUGCCAAAGCCAGAUGAGGAGCAAGAGAAAGAUAAAGAAGAUCAGCCUCAAGGGCUGGUGCCUGGAGGAGCUGUGGUGGUUCUUUCUGGCCCUCACCGAGGCCUCUAUGGAAAGGUGGAAGGCCUCGAUCCUGACAAUGUUCGGGCCAUGGUUCGUCUGGCUGUGGGGAGCCGGGUGGUGACUGUUAGUGAGUACUACCUGCGGCCUGUCUCCCAGCAGGAGUUUGACAAGAACACCUUGGAUCUCAGGCAACAGAACGGAACUGCCUCAUCACGGAAGACCCUCCGGAAUCAAGAACUCCACAUCCAGCAGGACAACUCAGAGAGGAAGCGGAAACACCUUCCAGACCGACAGGAUGGGCCUGCAGCCAAGAGUGAGAAAGCAGCCCCCAGGAGUCAGCACUGGUUGCACAGGGACCUGCGCGUGCGGUUUGUGGACAACAUGUACAAAGGAGGCCAGUAUUACAACACCAAGAUGAUAAUUGAAGAUGUCCUAAGCCCAGAUACCUGUGUUUGUCGGACAGAUGAAGGCCGAGUCCUGGAAGGCCUGAGGGAAGACAUGCUGGAGACCCUGGUUCCCAAGGCAGAGGGUGACCGUGUGAUGGUGGUACUGGGCCCACAGGCUGGAAGGGUGGGACAUUUGCUGAGCCGGGACAGAGCACGGAGCCGGGCUUUGGUGCAACUGCCAAGAGAAAAUCAAGUGGUGGAGCUUCACUACGAUGCCAUCUGCCAGUACAUGGGCCCUAGUGACACAGAUGAUGACUGACCCAUGGGACUCCUCCCAUCCCCCAGGCUGGUACCAGUUCUGUACCAUAUGAGAAAGUUGCCUUCAGAAGGUGGGAAGAUCAUUGUUCCAUCCUCUACUUCUGGUGCCGUCCUGGGACAAGGACAAGGGAAAGGGAUGGGUGAACCAGUAGGGAAGCUAGAAACAAACCCAAUAUUUACCAAAAUUUAGGGUAUAAUAAAAACCAUUUCAAGUACUUAAUAGAAAGAUGAAAUCAUAAGUGGUAUGAUGAGCUGCGAGUUAAGGUGGGAACUGAGUUGACUGAGGUGGGAACCAUUUCAUUUUUCAGCCUUGCUUUUCUGCUCAGGGUACAGGACAAGUUAAAGGACUCAUUUGAUUGUGAGCUCACUCUUGGAAUAUAGAAACUAUGCACUUGCGUGCAGUGGUACAUGCCUGUAAUCCUAGCACUUUAGGAGGCUGAGGUGGAUGGAUCGCUUGAGCCCAGGAGUUCAAGAUCAGCCUGGCCAACAAGGUGAAACCCUGUCUCUACUAAAAGUACAAAAAUACAAAAAAUUAUCAAGGUAUGCUGGUGCACGCCUAUAAUCCUAGCUACUCAGGAGGCUGAGGCAAGAGAAUCGCUUGAACCCAGGAGGCAGAGGUUGCUGUGAGCCCAGAUCGUGCCACUGCACUCCAACCCGGGGGACAGAGUUAGACUCUGUCUCAAAAAAAAAAAAAUCUUUAGAUGCUGUAGAAUCUGAAAUACUGUAUCUCUGAACAACUUUCUGAGCAAGAACUCUAGCAACUAGCAGCAGAGUAUGCUUUCACUCUCAGUUUAGAGCAGGACCCCAGAGAAUAUGCUGAGCCUGGGGUCUUCCUCUGUUGCCCAGACUGGAGUGCAGUGGUGCAAUCAUAGCUCACAGCAGCAUUGACCUCCUGGGCUCAAGCAAUCUUCCCGUCUCAGCCUCCCAAAGUGCUGGGAUUAUAGGCACUGGAAUGAGCCACCGUGCCUGGUCUCUGGCUUGUAUUUUGUUAAUCGUAGGGAGGAUGUUCCCAACUGCUCAUGUCCAGUAGUCCGUUUCCUAUGCUUUAUGCACUUCACUCUGUCAAGGAGGCCUCCUCCCUUCUCCAAUCAUAAUAAACCAGCCUUGGUAGCACCUUUGAGAAGGGCUAAAGCUCCCCAGGGAAUGGCACUGGGGCUCUGUCUCUGCCCUGUAACACGACAUAACCCAGCCAUUUCAGACACCCUCCAUCUCCUCCCUGUGCCACAAUGCUAAAGUAGAUAUCUCAUCAGCUUCAGAUUUCCUGGAUUUCAUCUUUCUCCUAAGCCUACGCUUGAAAAUGGGGCCCAAAGUUCUUGAAUAUGGCCCUUUGUCCAGAACACCUAGCUCCAGCCAAAGUGCCUGGUCUCCCCUGACAGGCCACUGGGACUUUUUCUGCUUUGCCUUGAAAGGAGCCCUGCUGAUCCCCAUUUUGAGGACAGGGCUCCUUACAUUCAGGGAAGUGUGGACAAUAUAAGGAGGCUUUCCCAAUAUGCCCCUUGUUCACUGUGCACAAACAAAGCCUUGUAUCUGAAGACACUUUGAAUCUGUGCAGUGUUCUCUCAGCUUGCUGCCUGGCACCUGCCUGCUGCCAAAGUUGCUCUUGCGGCGGUGGUUACUGCAGCAACGGCUUCUGUGAGCCCGAGAAUUCUCUACAGGCCCCUCACAAGCUGGGGACUGUGACCUGUACAAUUUGUCCAGGCUGGCUUUUUUCACAUCACAGGGAUUGAGCAAGAGGUAGAUUAAAAGGCAUCUGCCUCUUCUGCCAAACCCCCAGAAGUUUGCCCGGCAGGGGGCUGCUUCUGUUAAAAAUUGUCCAGACGCCGAGCCUUGAAUUUGUAGCAGCAGACUCAGGAAGCAGUUUCUUUGCCUUUCAGAGAGGAGUCAAUUAUUGAGGUGAUGGGGGUUGCUGCCCAGGCUGUGUUCGGUGGCAGAUAUGGACAGGUCAGCUCUUCUUUUAAAAAAAUUUUUUUAAAUAAUUUUUUAUUUUAAAUAUAAUAGAGACAAGGUCUCACUCUAUUGCUCAGGCUGGUCUUGAACUCCUGGGCUCAAGUGAUCUUCCCAUCUUGGCCUUCCAAAGUGCUGGGAUUAUAGGCAUGAGCCACCACACCUGGCCUCAGCUCUUUUUUUUUUUUUUUUUUUUUUUUUUGAGAUGGAGUCUUGCUCUGUCGCCCAGGCUGGAAUGCAGUGGCGUGAUCUCGGCUCACUGCAACCUUCACCUCCCGGGUUCAAGUGAUUCUCCUGCCUCAGCCUCUUCAGUAGCUGGGAUUACAGGCGCAUGCCACCAUGCCUGGCUAAUUUUUGUAUUUUUAGUAGACACAGGGUUUCACAAUGUUGGUCAGGCUGAUCUCGAACUCCUGACCUCGUGAUCUGCCCACCUCGGCCCCCCAAAGUGCUGGGUUUACAGAUAUGAGCCACCACGCCCAGCCUCAGCUCUCUUUUCUAACAUUCCUUCCUCAGUCAAGGGAAUGCUCCCCUCUACCCCCACACUGAGGCCGCCUCUUCAUCUCCAUGUCUGCAGCACCACGCAGAUGGAUGAAGUAUCCAACAGCUUCUAAAGCUAUCUAAGUGGGGGCGGGUCCUCACCAAGUCCCUUAUCACCCCAAUUCAUUCAACAAACAUCUCUUGAGCCCCUACUGAAUGUCAGGUACCAUCCUGCAUGCUAGGGGAACCAUAUAGAGUAAAUCACUUAAUAUCAAGACCCUACUAUAUGCCAGGCAGCAUCCUGGGUACCGAGUAUGGAGCUACAAACAAAACAAACAUCCUUGCCCUUGUGGGGCUGACACUCCACUGGGGCUGAGACAGUGAGCAAUAAGCAGAAGUAAGUGAUGGAAGAUGUUACAAGAAGCUAAGAACCAUGGGGGAAAGGGGCAGUAUUAAUAGGAUGGCCACAGAAAGCCUUAGAAGGUGACAUUAAGCAAAGGUAUUAAGGACGUAAGGGACGGUCAUGCAGCUAUCUGGGGAAAGCGGUCUAGGCAGGGGAAAUGAAGUGCAAAGGCCCUGUGGUAGCACUGUUGCUAGCGUGUGUGAGGAACAGCCGGGAGGCUGGUGUGGCUGCAGGGGAGUAAGUGAGGGAGAAGGUGGUAGGAGGUCAGGUCAGGGAGAUCCUGUAGUGCUGUAAGGUCAGUCCACUGGAACUACUGUGGCUUUUGUUCUGACUGAAGUGGAAAUCAUGAGAAGCCUCCAUAUAGCCACUGCUAAAGACUGCCAGUUGACAACUCCCUGCUUGCCAUACACCCCCUACCAUGUGCACACAGAACCACUCUAAAUACAUUUGUUCCUCUGGUGCUUUGGUCAAUCUAGCUGAUUUCCAUUGUUGGGAACACAGAUUUUCCCAUUAGAUGCCCAGCAAGUCUUCCUUUUUUUUUUUUUUUUUUGGAGACAGGGUCUCACUCUGUCUCCCAGGCUGAUUGUGCAGGGACACAAUCAUGGCUCACUGCAGCCUUGAUCUCCUGGGCUCAAGCAAUCUUCCUGCCUACUGAGUAGCUGGGACUACAGGUGUGCACCACCACGCCCAGCUGAUUUUUUAGAAAUUUUUUGUAGAGGCCAGGAGCACUGGCUCACGCCUACAAUCCCAGCACUUUGGGAGGCCAAGGUGGGCGGAUCACCUGAGGUCAGGAGUUCGAGACCAGCCUGGCCAACAUGGUGAAACCCCAUCUCUACUAAAAAGGCAAAAAUUAGCCGGGUGUGGUGGCGUGCACCUGUAAUCUCAGCUACUUGGGAGGCUGAGACAGGAGAAUCAUUUGAAUCCGGGAGGCGGAGGUUGCAGUGAACUGAGAUUGUGCCAUUGCACUCCAGCCUGGGCAAUAAGGUGAGACUUCAUCUCAAAAGAAAAAAAAUCAUAACCGCCCCAUGUGAUGGCAUUAAGGGUGGGGCCUUUGGGAGGUAAUUAGGUCACAAGGGCAGAGCCCUCAUAGAUGGGAUCAGUGCCUUAAAAGGCACCCCAGAGACUCUCGUCCUCUUUCAGCUAUGUGAGGAUACAAGAAGCCAGUAGUCUGCAGCCUAAAUAUCUUGCUUCAUCUUUGGUGUUUCUGAACUGUAUAAAAGUAUACAUCUUAGGCUGGGCACAGUGGCUCACGCCUGUAAUUCCAGCACUUUGGGAGGCCGAGGCAGGCAGAUCACGAGGUCAGGAGAUCGAGACCAUCCUGGCUAACACGGUGAAACCCCAUCUCUACUAAAAAUACAAAAAAUUAGCCAGUCAUGGUGGCGGGCGCCUAUAGUCCCAGCUACUCAGGAGGCUGAGGCAGGAGAAUGGCAUGAACCUGGGAGGUGGAGCUUGUAGUGAGCUGAGAUUGCACCACUGCACUCCAGCCUGGGCAACAGAGCGAGACUCCAUCUCAAAAAAAAAAAAAAAAGUAUGCAUCUUAAUCUGUUUUGUGCUGUUGUACCAAAAUACAUGACACUGGGUAAUUUAUAAAGAAUAGAAAUUUAUUCCUUAUAGUUCUGGAGGCUGGGAAGUCCAAGAUCUAGGUGCAGCAUCUGGCCAGGGUCUUCUUGCUGUGUCAUCCCAUAGUGGAGGGGGAAAGAGUAAGAGAGGGCCAGAGAGGGGGCUGAACCCAUUUUAUUAUGAGAAACCCACUCCCCACUCCCAUAAUAACAGCAGUAAUCCAUUCAUGAGGCCUCUUGAUUACCACUUUUUUUUUUUUGGCUUAAACAACAGAAAUUUAUUUUCUCACAGUUCUGUAGGCUAGAAUUCCCAGAACAAGGUCUGGUAGGGUCAUUUCUGAUGAGGACUCUUUUCCUGGCUUGCAGAUAACCUCACUGUGUUCUCACGCGGUGGAAAAAGACUCUCUCUCUCUCUCUCUCGCUUGCUUGAUGACCUCUUAAAGAUCUCACCUCUUAAUACUGUUACAAUGGCAAUUACAUUUCUUUUUCUUUUUCUUUUUUUAAGAUAGAGUAGUGCUCUGUCACCUAGGCUAGAGUGUAAUGGUACGAUCUCAGCUCACUGCAACCUCCACCUCCCAGGUUCACGCGAUUUCUCCUGCCUCAGCCUCCCGAGUAGCUGGGAUUAUAGGUGCCCGCCACCAUGCCUGGCUAAUUUUUGUAUUUGUAGUGGAAAUGGAGUUUCACCACGUUGGUCAGGCUGGUCUCGAACUCCUGACCUCAGGUGAUCCACCCACCUUGGCCUCCCAAAGUGUUGGGUUUGAGAGGUACAAGUCAUCAAACCAUAACACUAUGUAAUCUUUGGAAACUUACUUUUUCCCCACUGGACAUUCUAGAUUUAUCUUUUUUUGUUUUUGUUUUUGUUUUUUUUUUUUGAGACAAGGUCUUGUUCUAUUGCCCAGGCUGGAGUGCAGUGCUGCAAUCAUAGGUCACUGCUGCCUCAAACUCAAGUAUUCCUCGCCCCUCAGCCUCUUGAGUAGUUGGGACUACAGGUGCAUCCCACCACACCUGGCUAAUUUUUAAAUUUUUAAUAAAGACAGGGUCUCGCCAUGUUGCCUAUGCUGGUCUUGAACUCUUGGCCUCAGGCGAUCCUCCUGCCCUAGCCUCUCAAAGUGCUGGGAUUACAGGUGUGAGCCACUGUACCUCUGGUUUUCUUUUUGUUUUUGUUUUUUGUUUGUUUGUUUGGAGACAGAGUCUCGCUCUGUCACCCAGGCUGGAGUGCAGCAGUGCAAUCUUGGCUCACUGCAACCUCCACCUCCCGGAUUGAAGCAAUUCUCCUGCCUCAGCCUCCCGAGUAGCUGGGAUUACAGGUGCCCGCCACCACGCCCGGGUAAUUUUUGUAUUUUUAGUAGAGAUGGGGUUUCUCUAUGUUGGCUAGGCUGGUCUCGAACUCCUGACCUCAGGUGAUCUGUCCACCUCAGUCUCCCAAAGUGCUGUGAUUACAGGCGUGAGCCACCACACCCAGCCAGCUUUAUCUUAACACUCAUGUAGCACUUGAUGUGUGUGUCAGGCACUGUUCUGUCCCCUUUACAUUCACAAUCAUUUAUUUGUUUGUUUAUUUAUUUAUUUAUAUUUUUGAGACCGAGUCUCACUCUGUUGCCCAGGCUGGAGUGCAGUGGCACGAUGCUGAUCUCAGCUCACUGCAUCCUCUGCCUCCCAGGUUCAAGUGAUUCUCCUGCCUCAGCCUUCCAAGUAGCUGGGUUUACAAGCCCCUGCCACCAUACCUGGCUAUUUUUUUUUUUUUUUUUUUUGUAUUUUUAGUAGAGACAAGGCUUCACCAUGUUAGCCAGGCUGGUCUUGAACUCCUGACCUCAGGUGAUCCACCCACCUCGGCCUCCCAAAGUGCUGGGAUUACAGGCGUGAGCCACUGUGCCCAGCCCACAAUCCUUUAAAUCAUUUAAAUCCUCAUAAUGGCCUGUGGGAUACACACUGUUACCAUGUCCAUUUUACAUAUGAGGGAACUGAGGCACCGAGUGGUUAAAUGAUUUGCACGAUAGUUCUAGCUGGCAAGCAGAGAGCCAGGAUUGUAAGCCAGGCAGACCGGGCAUGAGUGCACAUUUUUGUCCCUCUGCUUCAUGCCAUCAUUCCCAGCUGUUGCUAUGAUUCCUGUUUGCCUGUAGGGGUAGCUGUUCAUUUAUUUCCACUGCCAUACAGCAUUCUGUGGUGUGCAUGUGCAGCCUGGGUGUCCAUAUUCUGUAACAGGCCUGGUUCUUGCUGUUGGGAGUAACACUGCAGUGUUCACUCCCGCACGUGUCUCCUGGUUCACAUAGGCACGCAGACUCUCAGAGGGGAAUCUGAGGGCAUAGGGUUUGCAUGUCCCUAACUUCUUCAGGUGAUGCCAGACUAUUUCCACAAGUGAAUGCUAGCUCAGUCCCCGGGCCUCCCUAGGCCUCAGUUUCCCCAUGUAUUAGAUAGGCCAUUUGGGGACUUGAAGCUCUCAGAUACCGGAACAGCAGUUUGGGGGAGCUGAGCAGGUCUGGGGUGUGACUGACAUUCCCAGGUACCUGAAGGAGGAACGGCACAUCUCCAGGUGGGACCUGCAGUCCUUCCUGGAAACUUCCAUGGCUCCCCACACGUGCAAGUUCAAAGCCUCUCUCCUGAACCUAGGUUCAGAGCCCCUUCUGCAGUGGCAGUUCCAACCUCCCUCCCGUGUCCCCACUCACAGCUAAGCUUUGGGCCUGGAGCACUUCCAACCUGCUGAUCAGGGCAAGCCCUGAUGUGGCCUUCAAGGCCAUUGUACGUGUUCAUUGUGACACUGCUCACUGAGCAGUCAGUGUGUGCUAGGCGUAUCUCCAGCAUCUGGACAGAUGACACUAAAUGGGUAUUGAAGGAUUGAAUGAGGGAUCAAUAAUGAUAUCCAAUUUGAUUCAGUGGUUCCAGAGGUUUUUCUAAGUGCUUUCCAUUUAUUAACUCAUUUCACAUUCACAGAUGACCCCAUAAAGUAAGCACUAUUGUUAUCCCCAUUGUACUGACAGGGAAGCUGAGGUCCAGAGGAGCCUGGGUGCCUUGCUCGAGGUCACACAGCUUGUGAGUGGUGGUUGGAGCUGAGGAAACGUGAGAAAUUGUUGUUCCCAAGCUGUGAGGUGCCACAUGGGGGCCAAGAUAAAAUUAUUCUGCUUUUUCUUUUUAGAGAUAGGGUCUCACCAUCAUUCAGGUUGUAGUACAGUGGCACAAUCAUGGCUCACUGCCACCUCCAACUCCUGGGCUCAAGGGAUCCUCCCACCUCAGCCUCCUGAGUAGCUGGGACUACAGGUCAGUGCCACCAUAGUGGGCUAAUUUUUAAAAGUUUGUAUUUUCCAUAGAGAUUGGGCUUUGCCAUUUUGCCCAGGCUGGUCUUGAACUCGUGGGCUGAAGCAAUCCUGCUCCCUCAACCUCCCAAAGCCCUGGGAUUACAGGCGUGAGCCACUGUGCCUGGCCUGUUCUCCAUUUUUCUGCUUCUUUCUCUGCAUCCAGAUCGAUCCCCUUGAACACUAAUUUAGGGGACAGUAAACAUCUGUUACAUUUGCUGGUUAUUUUCUAAAUUAACAUUUAAAAGUUGCAUAUUUCCUUAUCAAGGUAUGAGAAUGUUUUUU